AUGGAAAAGCCUAAAGAGAAAUCACUUUCGGAGCCUCUGAUUCCCACCAUCGAGAUUGUAUUGCAGGGAAUCGAGAAGGGUAAGAUAUUCAAAUUUUUUCAUUACUUUUUUAGGAUUGGGUUUCAACAUUGUGGGAGGCGCGGAUACGCCGCAUAUUCCUGGUCACGAUGGCUUCUUCGUCUCAAAGAUUAGGCCAAACUCGGCAGCUUCUGAUAACGGUCGAUUGAGUGUUGGAGAUCGAAUCGUCGCUGUAAGUUUCGACAGUUUUGUGGAGUUAUUACAAGUUUAGGUUGAUGGAACUGUAAUUACGAAGAUGACGCAUGACCAGGCUGUAAAAGUUUUUAAAGGAGCGUCUGGACAAUGCACAUUAACCGUGGAACCAGAUGCUGAACGAAUAUUAUUAUCAGUAAGUUAAAAUCCAAUUAAACAGAAUGAAGAACAUUGGAUGUCCCAAUUUUUUUGUCAGAUCUUCUUCUGAAAGAUAAAAUCUUGUUUUUUAAUUUAGAUGAUUCAUAUAUGAAUCAAAACUUAAGAGCUUAGAAUUUUGUAAAUUUUUUGAAGCUAUGGUAAUUAUAUUGUUUAUUUUAUAAAUUUUAUUUUAAAGUUUAACACAUUUUAGCAACCUUCUGAUCUCAUCGUACGCUCUCCAGCGUCGACCAGUAGAACCUUCAAGAGUAAUUCAGGUCAAUCAAGCAGAAGUUCUUCUCCUACCAAAAACCAAAACAGUUGCGAAAAGGAAAACUCAAAACCGGACAAGAAAGGAGACGAGAAAGUAGUAAAAGAAGAGGAAAAAGCAGUGAAGAUUGAGGCCCAAGCUCAAAUGGCACCACCUUUGGAAGUAAAGGAAGGUCAUAAUUCAUCUCAUAAUACGGAAAACAGUGGAAAGCGGCGUAAAACAUCAAGUAAGUUUUCUGAGAAAGAAAGGAUAGAGUUGGCCGAUAGUGUUGUAAAAAUGUUUAAUUUUUUUAAUUUUAGAUUCAUUUUCAAAAAGUAAUGACUCGACAGCUAAUGGAGCAAUCCCGACCUCUAAGAAUGUACAGCAUAUUGUUCCGCAUUCUCCGGCGAAAGCUGUACGAAGUAGAACAAUGUCCAGCACUUCCUCACACUUCAAUCACUCAGCUGCUCAACGACAUUUGAACCAAGUGCCAGAUGAAGAAGACGACGGUGCUUCGGUGGUUAGUAUGGCUCCAAGUAUAGCUCACAGUGUGAUCGAUGAUAUUCCGAGGACUCCGAAGAAAUCGGCCAACAUUUUUGAUCCGUCAAAGUAAGUUGACUUAACUUUUUAUGUCACUAUUUAUACUAAAAGUUUUGUUAAAAAAUAUUGUUGUGGUUUGUAAGUAAUUAUGAUUUAAACCGUAAAAAUCAAGUAUCUAACUUAAUAUUUUUAGUCCGUCUAUACUGACCGAAGUGUUGUUCGUGUCAAUUGGAGUUGUGGCCUUGGGCGCUGGCGUCAUCUUUGCUUACCGGUACUGGCGGAGGAGUUAG